AUGCUCAACGAAAUUCAAAAUGGUCGGCCGCACAUUACCCACAUUAUCUUCGACUUUGAUGGCAUUUUGGUGGACAGCGAAGACAGAUACUCCAUGAUUCACAGUACGUGCUUGAAGUCGUUUGGGAAAGAGUUUAAUAUCCAUCAGAAAUAUGCUAUAUUGGGUCUGCGCAAGCAAGACGAAGUAAGAACAUUGUUAAGAUUGAACGGAUUGGAAGACACGAUUAAACCAGAAGAAUACAUAGCGGUAAGACAUUUCGAAGUUUAAUAAAAUUGUCAAAAUAUAAAAUAAGACCCAAAAAUACCAUAAUGAAUAUAAUUUUAAGUAUGUUUGUUCAGGGUGCACGUAAACUGCCAAAUACCUAAUUUCAGUUAUACGAAGCACAAUACGAAACCCUCUUACCUGAUUGUCCUCCCAUGCCCGGCGCUGAUGAUCUUAUCCAUCAUUUGUAUUCCAGCGGUGUUCCAAUGGCCAUUUGCUCCAGCUCCGGAGAAACCGAAUUUCGGAUAAAAACGAGGAAACGCUUCCAGCAUUGGCUCAACAUGAUCCCAUUCCAAGUGCUCACAGCUACAGACAAAGAAGUCAAGAGAGGGAAACCAUUCCCUGAUCCCUAUUUGAUCACAAUGUCCCGCUUUAAAGUGAGUUCAACGCUAAAGAAUACCUAAAAUAUAAAACAAUAAGUAAAAAAUGGAAAGAACAUUGAAAAAAAAUAUUUUUGUUUUAAAAAAAAUUCCGUCGAUAAUUUUCACACAUUUUUCCAAAAAAAAUAUUUCUGCGACAAAAAUUUGUCCAAACGUGUUUUCGUUGCAGAGCCCACCGGCAUCCCCAAGGAACUGUCUCGUCUUCGAAGAUUCCAUCAACGGAGCAGAAUCAGCAUUGAAUGCUGGCAUGAAUUGUAUUCUAAUACCGCAGAAGCAGUUUAAUUGUGAGGAAACGUUGGCCAGCAUCAACGAGUUGAGGCCCCGUUUAGCCGAUGUUUUAGAUUCGAUGGAGGACUUUGAUCCCGGUUUGUAUGGGUUACCUGGACGAUUCGGUGAGCUUGAACAAUGUCCGCCGUUAGAGACACCCGGCUGCACGAAUUCCCACGCUCCAUGUCAUGUUUUCGAUUGA